GAUCCUUUUCAAAAACUGCGGAGACUCUGGUAUGACGGGAGCGCUCAUUGUCCUCAACGGGGAUAAUUAAAAAAAAGUAAAGUUUUUUUAAAAAGUCGUUUGCUAAAGCAACUGUAAACAUUCUUUGGAUUAUAACGUUGUACUUUUUCGGAGGGACUUUGUGAUCUGAGCCAACCUGAGCAAAACAAACUUUGUUUUUCCAGGAGUGUCAACAUGAUUCUCAACCGCUUUGUUGCUGUGCUCAUUUUAUACUUCAAAGCUGGCUCUGGGACCACAGCGUAUGACGGCUACAAUGACUUUGUAGAAGAAGACAACGCUCCUCAGCUGGACUACAAAAACCCACACUGGUGUCAUUCUCCGGGUCUGACCAAUGGGGAGGUGACCUGCCACUCCCCUCGAGGCCCGGCCUACAGGAGCACGUUGGGCACCCGCUGUGAGAUGAGCUGCGACCGAGGAUACCGACUGCUGGGGAAGAGCUCAAUUCAGUGCCUCGCCAACAGACGCUGGUCUGGCACUGCUUACUGCCGCAAGAUGCGUUGCCAUGUGCUGCACCUCAUUCCACACGGCAGAUACACUUGCACUCAAGGCUUCAUGGUGGACUCCAGGUGCGAAUUCACCUGCGACCCCGGCUAUCGCAUCGAGGGUGAAUACUCACGCGUCUGUCAGCGCAGCGGCUCGUGGAGUGGAGCACAGCCGGAUUGUGAAGAUACCGAUCCUCCAAAGAUCAAGUGUCCUCCAUCCAGACUCAAGGUUGCCGAGCCUGGAAAGCUCACUGCUCUGGUGACCUGGGACACCCCGGUUGCUACGGAUACGGCAGAUAAAUCACUUGAUGUGAUAUUGGUAGGCCAGGAGCCAGGCACCGACUUUAAAGAGGGAGCGAGCAUUAUCCGAUACAAAGUGUACGAUCAAGCCAGAAACAGAGCGGCCUGCAAGUUUAUUGUACGUAUUGACGUGAGAAGAUGUCCAGAUCUACCUCCACCUAUGCACGGCUACCUCACCUGCUCCUCUGAUGGGAACAACUAUGGUGCAACAUGUGAAUACCACUGUGACGGAGGACAUGAACGGAGGGGCGUAUCUAGUCGCGUCUGCCAGUUCAACCGCAGCUGGGGAGGAAAUCCUGCCGAGUGUGAUCCAAUGGAGAUUAAAUCAGAUGUAAAGACAGUCUCCGCUCUCCUGGAUCAGUUCUAUGAAAAGAGGAGGCUGCUGAUCAUGUCUGCGCCCAACAUAUCUGACCCAGACUACCAGCUGCAGAACAUCAUGAUACAAAAAUCAGACUGUGGAUUAGACCUGCGACAUGUAACCGUCAUCGAGCUCCUGGGCUCCCCGCCUCGAGAGACGGGUCGCAUUAAAGAAAAUCUGCUCGGCUCUGAAGUCAUCGAAGGUUUGAGACAAGUGUUCAGAAUCUCCAGAUUCUACUUUAGCAUGUUGCUGCUGGACGAGCGCGGACUGGACCGAGAGCGCUUCAUCCAUCCGAUGGCAUCUGAAGAGCUGUUCUCCUACAUCGAUAGCUUCCUGCUGGAUGAAGAGGAGCGAGAGAGACUGGAGCUCCACAGGGACUUCUGUGACUAAUUUAAUAAACCUCUCUGGUUGCCACAGCGAUAAACUCAUUAGCUUUACUAAACACAAGAUGAGGAAGGAGGACAAACAACCAGACACCGGGUCCAGAGGGACAUUAGGCGGGGAAGGACAAGAAGGCUGUUCCUCAUGUCUAAAUGUGAUCACUUAACACUGAAGUUCUAGCACUGUUUUCUCUCUCAAACAAUCCAGAAACUGGACAUCACAGCUGCAGAAAGUAAAACACAUUAAAAUAAUCACAUAUUUUGAACCAUAGAUAACAUGUUGGAUACAUGAGGUGGAUUAGUAUUUUUGUCAAAGAGCCCUUGUACUGAUGUUGAAUGAGAACUUAAGACGACAAUCACUUCAACAACAGAAUACUGAGGAAGUCUUGAGAUUGUUUUUAAAUCCAGCUGGUAUGGACGCUCAAGAACAGUCUUUGGGUUUAGUACAUUUUUUAUUGGGUGAACAGAAUAUUCAUGGAAUUGAGGUAAACACGACUGAUCACAUAGUUCAAAAUCUACAUAUAAACUAGCAAACAGACAAAUUUAAUUCAUUAAACGUAAUAAAAUAAGGCUUUUCAUGCAACUAAUAUAAAUAUAAUUUUUACAGAAGUAUUACAAUUUGGAGCACAAUUUGUUGGAUACAAUACCAGAAAUUUUGUACAAUACCAGAUUAAAACGACUUGUUUUCCCACGCAUCUGUGUAAUUCUGUACAUAAUUAUAAGGAAAAAGGUGAAUCAUUUCAACACUUUUUCUGUGCAAUAAUAUAUACAGCCUGAAUGUUAGAAACAUAAAAUGACUGUGUAGGUGCUCUUAAAAUCAGACCAAAGUUUAGUGUUGCGAUGUUUUAGGGGGGGGGGUGGUGCUAAAGACAAACCCCAUACAGGGAGGCAGAUGUUCAGCAGGCCAGUGUGUCCGUUUACAGCCAACCAGCGUGUAGGUUCACUUUAGUAAAGAAGCUUCUGGUCUGAUAAAAUGGCCAAACAAUAAUAAUAAUAAUAAUCCACAAUCUCAUUCGUCACAGCUUCUCCUCUUUCGUCUCUGGUUUCUAUUGGAGGGUGCAGGCCUGUGAGCAAUCCUCAUUUGCCCUUCACCAUAGUCGAGCGCAGUGGAAGAGUGCCCUCUGCCCACGAGUCUGGGUACUGCAUCAUCUUCUCCCACAGACUGACUUCCUCUCCAGCUGGGUCCAUUUCCACUUCUCCUGUUUGUACAGUGCCUGCAGGAGCGAAGAUUACAUGAAUGUAAAAUGAAGUGCAGUCUUUUUUUACUAUUGAUGACGGCAAAUUCCUUGUACUCGCUGAAUUUUCACACAUUGUGGAAAACAAAUGGAAGCCUCGAAGGUGCUUAAACAGUAAUCUAAAAUUAAGCAUGUCUUUCUCACAAAGGCAGUAAAGCUUUGGCAAUGAAACGAAAAGGGUAGACAGGGUAUUAGUUUCUCUUUUUAUGAAGGUUAAUUAAAUUUUCCUUCCCUCUAGUUUUACACCUAUGUCUAGGGUACCAAAACCAUUACUACUACAAAAAGGUUGAAGCAGUAUAAAUCAGGAUGAACCAAGGCCAAAACAAUAAACAAAAGAAUCUACCUCCUCGAAAACCUUUGUGAACCAGACAAGCAAAAAGUCGUUAAUUAAAUCAGAAUCCCUAAAAUAAAUGCAUGCUCACCCCUGCAAAUGUGGUGACAUUUACAAAAGGUGAUUUACAAUACUCAGUUAACCAAUAAGCCUAAAAAGACCUCCCAGAAUAACAAUAGUAACACAAUAAGGAGAAAUAAGAGAAAUAUCCAAUUCAUUCUCACAUGUAAGCCCUGAAAGCCAGGUGCAAAAAAGAAUAAAGUAUUUAGAGAGUUCCAUCUUUGACCUUUACUUGAGCCGAGACGAACUCCUCCCAGAAAUUCGUUGCUUGACAUGACCUCUCUGUCCCACACCGUCAGCUCCAGACACAUCUCCUCCAGCUGCUCCAGAGCCAGCUCCUUGUACACAAAUGUGUGGUCGUAGUGGGGGUUCAGGUUCUUCUUCACAACUGAAGUCUUCCUCUUUGUGGUCUUUGCCUUAGUUAGGAACAAGUACCUGCAGAACCACAAACAUGUUGGGUCUUUUAAAAGAGAAAUGCAAUAUGCCAUUUUAAAACUGCAGAGUUUGUCACUCACCCUUUUACAAAGCUAUCCGAGGUCCCUCCUGGUUUCAUUGCAGUCAAAUUCUUUGCCUCUUUAAUAAGGACAUGUAGUUCUCCUCCUCCCUCAACCAUCACCUUUUUUCCUGAGGAGAAGAUGGACACCUUUAGAAAAUGAAGGCAAAGUGCAUCAAACACGGUCAGAGUUUCUUGUCAUAGUCUUACCUUUGAUUUUCUCGGUUUUUGGCUUUGUAGGUGUGACAUACUUCAAGGAGAUCACCAACUCUCCUUUGUACUGACCAAACGCUGAAGCAGGCCCACCAGAGGGUGACUGUUUAAGAAAGGUACACGAUAUUUAGGACACAAACCCAAACAACACCAACACCUGACUGACACUGGAUGGCUGCGAAUGCAAAUGUCAAUAUUUGUGCGUGGAAGGAAAUUUCCAUUAACAUAGCAAACAAUAUUUACCAAAGGUUUCUUUGAAUUAGGGUCAGUACUUAUACAAAAUUACACAGAUUAACAAAUUAUCCAAUCUGUUUGAGGUUAGGAGAGUUUUCACAUAAUUUUCAGGUCCUCUUUACCUCACUUUACAAC